GCACCUGUUCGCUCUCCUUUAUAUAUAUCUGUAUCACCUUUUUCAGCUCCUAAUUUGUUAAAGCCAUAAACAUGCUUCUGAGAAGCUCCUCGACACCCAUCCUGAACUCAUGGAUGUCCCACUGCAAAGACUCCUCGCCGGAGCCGGAGCCACUCCUCUCUAGAACCAGGUCUGUCUCCCUAUCAUUGUGCACCUUUCACUCACCUACAACUGACGCAACAAAAACCCAAGUCUCCCUAGAAUCCGACAUCAAAAUCCAACAGAAGCCCAGAAACAAGAAGCUUAACCUCCCCAUACCUCGAAGCCUCCGGGAGAAAUCGAAAACCAAGGCCGAGAAACCAGAGGAACCGGAAGAGGAGAUAAAACCCAGUUCGAGAUUGUCGUUCGAAGCUGAAAGGCUGUUUUCUAGCUCUGGUUUGGGGGAGGAAAUCAUAGAUGGUGAGGACUGUGGUGGGGGGAAGAAGAAAGAGAGUGUUUUGCAGACGCUGGUGAUGGGGAGCGGUGUGGGGAAUAGUGGCGGGAAGAUUUGCGGCGGCGGAAGUGGCGGGGGAAAGGAUCGGACGGGUAAUAAUCGUGGGAGUGGGAGUACUGAUGCUUAUUAUCAGAAGAUGAUUGAAGCUGACCCGGGAAAUGCUCUCUUACUUGGAAACUAUGCAAAGUUUCUAAAAGAGGUCCGAGGAGAUUAUGAGAAAGCAGAGGAGUAUUGUGGAAGAUCAAUCUUGGCGAAUCCGAGUGAUGCGAAAACCUUAUCACUAUACGGUGAUCUAAUAUGGAAUGCUCACAAGGAUGCUGAACGAGCUGAGAAUUAUUUUGAUCAAGCUGUUAAAACUUCCCCAGACGACUGUUAUGUCCUGGCUUCAUAUGCUCAUUUCCUUUGGGAUGCUGAAGACGACGAAGAUGAUGAAGAAAAUCAAGGGAUUCAACGUGAAACCGACCGGAGCCACACAUCGUCGUCGAAUUUCUUCCAUGGAUCUCCUCACCACUCUCCCUUAACUGCAGCCUCUUAAUAAUAGAUAUUAGCUGUGACUUUGUAUGAUAAUUAAAAUAACAAAUUAGCUGAUAUAUCAUAUGUAACUUCUACCUUUUGUCCUCUUAUUCCAUAUAUAUUUACAUACAUAUACAUAUAUACAUUAUAUAUUACAUGCUGUGGUGGCCAUCGUCCUGGGUGUUGCUUUCUGUUAAUAUGCUCCGUCCAAAUAAGAACAGUCUGGGCAGACUUUGUGGACUUCCUUUUGUAUUAUUAUUCAAAUAAUUUAAGGGUUUAUGUGAUUAGAAAGUAA